AUGGGUAUAAAGAUUUGGAAUAGAACUAAUACUUUUGGUCUUAGGGGCCGUGCCCUUAGAUUGGCCAUUACAAUUACAGCCGUGACAGGUUUCUCGUUGUUCGGUUAUGAUCAAGGUUUAAUGUCUGGUAUUAUCACCGGUGUUGAUUUUAGUAGGGAGUUUCCUGCUGUCACAAAAGAUGGUGCUGGCUCGGAACAUUGGGCUACAGUUAACCAGGGUGCGAUUACUUCAUGUUAUGAAAUCGGAUGUUUCUUUGGUGCAUUGUUUGCUUUAUUUAGGGGUGAUAGAUUCGGAAGAAGACCAAUGGUGAUUAUAGGAUCCUUACUUAUUAUUCUUGGUACAGUUAUUUCCACUGCAGCGUUUGGCCCACAUUGGGGAUUGGGUCAAUUCGUCAUUGGCAGAGUUAUCACUGGAUUAGGUAACGGUAUGGAUACUGCUACGAUUCCGGUUUGGCAAUCUGAAGUUUCUAGAGCGGAAAAUAGAGGUUUCUUAGUUAACUUAGAAGGAUCAGUUGUUGCACUCGGUACAUUCAUAGCCUAUUGGUUAGAUUUUGGUUUAUCGUAUGUUGAGGGUGAACAUGCUUCUGUUCAAUGGAGGUUCCCAGUUGCGUUCCAAAUUUUUUUCGCUACAAUUUUAUUUGCAGGUAUUAUCAAUUUACCAGAGUCACCAAGAUGGUUGAUUGCUCAUGGUUACAAAGAUGAAGCGCAUUAUGUUUUGGCAUCUUUAAAUGAUGUUGAAAUUGGUGACGAUUUGGUUAUUGCUGAAAGUACUGUUAUAACCGAUGGUGUCAACAGAUUUGCAAGAUCGCAAGUUGGAUUUAAAGAAUUAUUUUCAGGUGGUAAGCUGCAACAUUUUUCAAGAAUGGUCAUUGGAGCUUCAACUCAAUUCUUUCAACAAUUUACUGGUUGCAAUGCUUCUAUCUAUUACUCCACUGUUUUAUUCCAAAACUUAAAUAUGCAAGAGACUUAUGAAAAGUUACCUUUGGUUAUGGGAGGUGUAUUUUCUACAGUUUACGCAUUAAUGACUAUACCAUCUUUCUUUUUGAUUGAUAGAUUGGGUAGAAGAGCCUUAUUUUUGAUUGGUGCUGCUGGUCAAGGUGUAGCAUUCACUAUUGCAUUUGGGAGUUUGAUUAAAGAUGAUGGUGAAGAUAAAGGUGGUCAGAAAGGUGCUGCUGUCGGUAUUUUCUUGUUUAUUGCCUUCUUUGCAUUCACCAUUUUGCCAUUGCCAUGGGUUUACCCACCAGAAAUCAAUCCUUUGAGAACCAGAACUGUUGCUUCUGCUGUUUCUACUUGUACCAAUUGGUUAACAAAUUUUGCAGUUGUUAUGUUUACUCCACUUUUUAUGGCUGAAAGUCAGUUCGGUUGUUACUUAUUCUUCGCCCUUUUCAAUUACCUUUUCAUUCCGGUUAUCUUCUUCUUUUAUCCUGAAACAGCAGGCCGUACUUUAGAAGAAAUUGAUAUUAUUUUUGCGAAGGCACACGUUGAUAAGAGACAACCAUGGAGAGUUGCUGCUACUAUGCCUCACUUAACCUUGAAAGAACAAGAAGAAGAAGGAACUAAAUUGGGUCUUUUCGAUGAUUUCGAAAAGGAAGGAUUUGAACAAAGUGAAAACAUUUCAUCUAAUUCAUCUAACAAAUCACCUGAAGAUGAUCAACCUUUAGUUAAGACUGCUGAAGUUUAA